CGCCCACCGCAACCAGACUCUUCCUAAUAUGUUUGGAGGAGCGGGUGAGCGUCUAUCAUAAAGAAUGUAGGGAUUCCCUUUUCCUCCCCGCCGUGGGUCCAUGCGAAUCCAAACCGGGAUUUGCAAAAUGGGAAAAAACAUUAGGUUCGAAUCCGAAAGCAUCAAACGAUGAAAGGAGCGUGUUGUGUUGUGUUGUGAUGUGUUGCGGGUGUGCUGCGACACCAGUUAGCCAAGCCAUGCCUCUGUAUCCAGCGCCGUCCGCCCCCGACAUUAACCCGGCUAUUUCCAGAAACUUCCAGCCCACUUUUCCACGUCACUUGAAGGAAUCUUUUAAAGCGUCCGUCGCCAGUAUUAAAUGUCCCAGUAUCGGGCAGCCAGCGGCAUGAACGCCAUGAAGACGCCGAGCAUGGCGAGCAACGACAACGACCCCCUGCCCCUCGGCUGGGAAGUCAAAAUCGACCCCCAGACGGGCUGGCCCUUCUUCGUCAAUCACAACAAUCGAACCACGACCUGGAACGACCCGAGACACGACACCAAAAAGGUCAGAGAAGUGUCAACAAAUGGACCCAGCAUGGAUCCAAGCCCUCAGGAGACACAGAAGAACUUUGUGAAAGAGAUGAAGCACCCCAUCCUUCGUCCGGGUUACGUCCCCAUCCCAGUCUUCCAUGAGGGUGCAGAUCUCAAACAGCAACAGCACCCGUGCUAUUCCUACAUCCAACCAACCACGGCACAGAGCAUCAGAACCGAGGGGCAGAUGCCUUCUCCAACAACAGGUCUUCACUGUAGGCCGAGAUCACCUUUACACGGACCUGGUGACAACUGCUCCACGGGGCCUGGGAAGGCCGGCUCACCUGUUUCACAAACCGCAGAGGUAUACACUGGUCCACAUACCCAACCCCCACGGCCCAGUAGCACUGGUCUACAGGCAGGUUACAUCCCCAUACCGGUGAUCCACGAAGGCGGAGCAGGUCAAAUGCAAGCACAGCCUCCGUUAAAUCAGCCCAUCCACUCUCAGCGCGUCCCCUACUCGGACCACCAGCAGCCCUUCCAGCGCCUUCAACAAGAAGACUGGCCCGGCUACUGUGCAGCAAUGCAGCCCCCCCGAGAAAGGGCUUCUCCUACAUUGUUUCCUCAGCAUCGUGACGCUGCUGCCAUUCAUCUGCCACACAACAGAAGGAGCCAGUCGCCGAUUGUGACACACGUGUUGGCUGAGAGACCGCAGCCUCUGGUCAUGAGAGAGCCCCCUCAGAGAUUGGAGACGGAACAGAUGAGCCCCCAGCAGAAAACGGAGAGCGCUCAGGUCUCUCAGCCGUUGUGCACAGACGCUGAUGGCCAAAAGCCUCCACCUCAGCAACACCAACACUUCCAGCAGCCUCCGCCGCAGCACCCACAGCAGUUCCAGCAGGCCCCCCCUCAGGCACCCCCUCAGGCAUCUCCACAGCCUCAUCAGGCCGAGCAGUUAUCACAACAAGCAGCGAAAAAGCCUGCAGACGUCAGAGUUGAAACACCACCACAUCCAGAAGCUCAUGAAACAGCUGCUGCCGCUGCAGACGUCACGCCUGUUAAGGUGGAGGCGGAGCAACCUCCCCAGUGUCCUGUUCACCCAGGCUUGGCCAAGGUACAGAAGAUAGUGGAACGGGUGGCUAAACUGGAGCAGGAGGUGAAAUGCUUUGAAGGAAAAAAGAACGAUAAGAAGUACUUGUUACUGGAGGAACUGCUGACAAAAGAGCUACUGGCGUUAGACUCGGUUGAUCCAGAGGGCCGAGCCGAUGUGCGGCAGGCAAGACGGGAUGGGGUUCGUCGGGUUCAGACCAUACUGGAGGAACUGGAGCAACUGGAGGAACCGUCAACUAGGCCUGGCAGCCAGGCCUCCACGGAGGGAGACAACAUGGUCACCAAGGAAAAUGCUGAGAUGGCAAAGGAGAUAACCGAAUGAGAAACUGUUGGCGUUUAUCACACUCUGCACAGUAUUUGUGGAAGUUGCAUGCGUUCAUUACCUGUGUUGGUAUUUCUUGCCAUUCAGCACAUACUGGUGGUCCUCAGCUUACAAACGAGCUCCAUUCCGAGACGUGAUCUAAGUGGAGUUCUUGUGUGGGUUGUAAUUUCGACCUAAAUUAACUCAUCCAAGUCACUCACAUUGUAUACAGAACACACGAGGGACAUAUAAAUAGCAGAAUUAAAUGAAACGGGUAGAAAAAACCCCAACUUCUUACUUCAAACAUCUUAAAAUAUUGUCCCAGGCUAGUCUGGAAGGAUAACCUCUUCUUCGCUUCCUGACCCCCUUGUAACAGUGCCAGGAAUCCAUGACCCCUCUAGCAUUCAAUAAUCAUCAUCCUUAUUGAUGGCAAACCUAAGUUUGCUAAGUACUGCUUGGCGUUUAUAAUGUUCAUUUUCACUUCCAUGAUGAUGGUUUGCUUUUUCUUUGAUCGCAAACGAUGCAUAAUAAAAGUGCAAAAAGUGAACCAAUUAUCUUCCUCGCUGCAGCGUUAGGGUUACACAUUGCAACUAAUUGUCAAGCAGGUUUUGUGUUUAUGAAUAAAUAAAUGUUUUUUUAAUGUAUUUACGGGAACGGAUUCCCAACCACGAAGGUCCGUAACACAGAACUUUGUAAACCGAGGACCACCAGUAAUCGAUGGGAGCCCUGCGCUGUUAUGUUUCUCAAGACGACGUGGUUGCCUUCAGUGUUGUGCCAGUGUCUUCAUAAAAAGACAGCUGUCAUGAUUAAGAUGUUGACAUGAAGUUGUCGUCAAAUUCAAGUUUGAUUAAGAGGCCUUUAUCAAAGAAAGCAAGUAUUUUCUUAACAAAUCUUAUGUGCAGUUGCCUUUUGUCCAGAUUGAAUAUUGUAUGGAGCAUAUUUGUUUCUCCACCCCAGUGGAAUGAUUGCAAACAUUUGGGCUUUAAGGCAGAACCCACUGCAAAACACAUGUCCCCUUUAUUACCAUGCUGGGAGGUCAGGAGGUUUUUGUGCCGAAACAAAAUGAUUUAGGAUGCUGCUUUUUGCUACAGAAAUGAUUUUGUCAUCACACUGAAUGAUCUACAUCAUUUUUGGAAUACUUGUUACACCAGCUUUGAUUGAUGUGUUUUGAGUGUUUGUAUAGACAUUGGUUAACUCGUCAUUUCAAAACAUUAUACCAGUAUUUAUAUUUUACUAUAUUUAUGAAUGUGUUAAUGACAAACGGACCUGAGAUGUGAGACAAUCAGCACUUGGUGCUAAUAAGGAAUCAAGAGUCGUAAUUUAAUUGAAUGUUCUUUGCAGAAUUACCAAAGCCACAAUCUGUAAUAACACAGACAAAAACCGCCUUAAGUGCAACAAGACACCGAGCUAUCACUUAAUAAACAAUUUAAAUUUUGUUUUAUGGUUAGCCUGGCACCAUUUGUGGCAUGAUAAGUCACCAAAGUGAGCCCUCUGUAAUGCCUUAUACAAAGACCCCUCACUAAUUAUGGAUUGUGGCUUAGUAUCGAUCACGGGUAAAGAGUAGCAGAUGAAUGCUUUGUUGAAAGCACGUUAUAUUGGUACGGCUGAAAUAAAUUGUAUUUGACAGUAUUUUUGACUCAUUUUACUCCCCUAAAUAACACUAGUAUAGUAAGUCUAAACAGUCCCCCCCCCCCCCCCCCCCACUCCUAUGAGUCACAGCUGAGAACGUGUUUAACGCACGUGAUGUUUGCAACCGACCCAUCUGUAAUAUCAUGUGCUGGGGUGUGCUGUUAAAUGCUCACUAUUUUUUUUUUAAUUGACUAUAGGUCAACCUAAGGUCACCCAGAUCCUCACUUGGUUCCAAAUUAAACCAUAAUAGGUGUUAUUCUUAUUUGGAGCAUGUUG